AUGCGCGUAGGAAUUGUGGGAAGUGGCGUGUCGGGAUUAUCGGCUGCUUGGGCUCUGAAUGAACAUUCGCAGCAUCAAGUCACGCUGUUUGAAGCUGGGGAGAAGGUGGGCGGACACACCAAUACGGUCUGGUUUGAGCCUGAGCCAUCUGUGGGACAAGCGGGAGACAAGCAGCAGGGGUGUUGGGUCGAUACGUGAGUUUCGCAACGGGCAUGGCGCAGUUAGGGGGUGCGGUGCGUGCGUGAGACAUCCACACUGACGCUCUAACUCGCACGCACGCACACCAUUGCGUACUUGACUUUGCAAUCAAAAUGAAUGCUAAUCAAGUGGCUUCAUCGUCUUCAAUGAGGUGCGUGCUCACCCAUCGUCAUCGUCGUUGCCCGUGCCCCUCUGCUGACGCAUCUCCUUCUUCUCACUUUGAUCGCUUGGCAGGUGACGUAUCCCAACUUUCUCCGAUUCCUCAAGCAUCUGGACAUUGCCAUUCUGCAAUCCGACAUGUCCUUUUCCGUCUCUCGUUCCUUUGCUCCCUCUUUGCCCUUCUUUCGCACAAACAAGAGCGAUGAGCCAUCAAAGUCGCAACAGCCAUCUCAAAGAGGCGCUUUCGAAUGGUCGGGCUCCGGUCCUGCAGCUCUUUUCUGCCAAUUGGAAAAUUUGCUGGACCCUUCGCAUUGGAGAAUGGUGUGGGACAUCAUCAGGUUCAAUCAUCAGAGUCUCGAUACGCUGCGAGAAGCGCAGAACGGCAAGGCUGUGAAGGGCAACAUCGGCAAUUGGCUGGAUCAGAGGGGCUACGGAGAUGCGUUCAGGAACAAUUACCUCAUCGUGAGCAGCUUUGUGCGCAGAGAGCAAAUGUGGACGCUGAUGCUGACUGGCAUGUCGUCGCUACCACGCAUCACGUGCGUGCCCUUGCUCUUGGCCCCCUUCCACUCCCCUUUCUCUCUAGCCAAUGACGGCUUGCAUCUGGUCCACACCUCCAGGUCUAGCAUUCUCUGCUUUCCCAGCUCUCACCUUGCUGCGAUUCAUGCACAAUCACCAUCUCCUCCAAAUACUCGAUCGGCCAGUCUGGUUGACGAUCAAAGGGGGCAGCAAGAAUUACGUGGACAGGAUCCUUGCCAAAUUGCCCGAGGCAGCUUUGAAAGUGGGAGAAGAGGGAACUGUGGUCAGCGCAAAGAGGGACGAAGGGACGGGAGAGUGGAUGAUAAAAACAAGGAAUGGAGCGGAGCACGUGUUUGAUCGAGUCGUCUUUGCGUGCCAUGCUGAUCAAGCCAGGGCAAUAUUGCAAGGAACGACGAGCAAGGCGCUCGAAUCCACACUAGCUCGUUUCCACUUCAACAAGAACGUGGCAGUGCUGCACUCGGACGAGAACCUCAUGCCGGUACGCAGAAGUGCUUGGUCCGCUUGGAAUUUCCUGGCCGUUUCAAAGGAUAAGAAAUCGUUGGAUGAGGACCGAGUGACUUUGACAUACUGGAUGAACCUGCUCCAAUCUUUGCCCGAGGAGAAGCAUGGACACGUGCUCGUCACGCUCAAUCCUUCGCCCGACUCUCAGCCCGCACUUCAAAAAAUCAAGGGCAGCUACUCGUACGAGCACCCCUUGUACACUGAACAAUCCGUCGCUGCUCAAGCGCAGUUAAGAGAAAUGCAAGGCGUGGGAGGUGCGUACUUUGCCGGAGCUUGGACCAACUACGGAUUCCAUGAAGAUGGUUUCAGUUCGGGUUUCAGGGCUGCCAUUGCGCUUGGAGCCAAGACGCCAUUCGAAGCUAGCCCAGCGGAGAGGGAAGUCCCACCUUUCAACCUGCUCAUCUACACCUUGCUCAACCUGAUCGAAAAGAGUCGAGCCAUAUCGGCCCCGCUGUUUGCCCUCCUACUCGCACCCGCCAUCAUUAUCCUCACCCUCGCCAUCGAACAUGUCGUCGGCCUUGCAAAGGUGAAGGGGGAGCGCGUGCAAAGGUUUGCGAACGUGAACAGAAAUGUGCGGAUGUUUUGGGAAGGCGAACUUCAAAGCAAGUGGGGCCUUUUGCGAGAGGCGAAUGAGAGAAAGAAGGCCAGGUAG